AAAGAUCUUACAGCUGUUAAAACAAAUCCAAAGGGCUGUUUUACUUUCGUAGACUACUGUCAUUUUAUUCUGUCCGUGUAUGCUUUGCUCUUGCCGAUGGACACAGAUGUGUGAAUGUGAGGUCAAACAAAUCCAUAAUUUGCCGUAUAUUGGAAAUUUGGCACCUCCCUCUGUCAGCUGUUUUCACGUGGAGACGCUGGAAUUCAAGAGCAGCCCUACGCGCUACUUCCCCAAUCCAAGGCUGGAGUUGACGCUGACUUGAUCGCGACAUUUCAUCUAGCUACAGUGAAUGAACGCCUCCAACGUCAGCUGAGCCAAGUGAGGAGUUGAGGGGAGUCCUAGGAAGUGAAUAUCAGCAGCGACUUGGGAAAGGGCGCAGAGGCAAAACGACAACUUUUCCAUGGUUCUUAUUAACCAGAAAUAAGGGUUUCGUUGGUCUUCUGCUAUCUGGAUGUUGGGACAGUAUGUGUUUGGAACAGCAAAGCAGCUGGAAAGACAACUGAUUGGACUCGAUUUAGGCGUUUUGCCUCUACAGUCAAAGUUACCUUUGCGGUAAACAACGAGGCAGGUAGACUUCUACAAGCCGGAAGAACUCGCAGUACAGGUUGCAGCUUAGCAGACUACUCUAACUACAGAUCUUUCGACAUUUUAAUAUUCACAAAUGCUUUAGGCUGUUUUUAAAAAGUCGAGAUUUUACCAACCUAAGACAAACCAUGACUGACAUGAGAAGAAAGAAGAUUUACGUUGUUGUGGAUGUCCUCUGUGUACUCGUGGCUGCUUUGCCGUUCAUCAUCAUGAACCUGGUGUACCGGCCGUACCAGCGGGGCAUCUACUGUGACGACGAGAGCAUCCACUACCCUCUAAAGGCAGACACCAUCACACACGGCCUCCUCGCCGCAGUCACCAUCUCAGCCACCGUCAUCAUAAUCAGUUCUGGCGAGGCCUACUUGGUCUACAGUAAGAGGAUCCACUCCAACUCCGAGUUCAACCAGUACGUGGCGGCGCUCUACAAGGUGGUGGGCACCUUCCUGUUCGGGGCGGCCGUCAGCCAAUCUCUGACGGACCUGGCCAAGUUCACCAUUGGCCGGCCGCGCCCCAACUUCAUGAGCGUGUGCGCCCCAAAGGUCUGCAAGGGCUACGUGCCGCAGAUCAACUGCACGGGAGCCCUGCGGGACGUUACCGAGUCCAGGUUGUCCUUUUACUCUGGUCACUCCUCCUUCGGAAUGUACUGCAUGCUGUUUCUGGCGCUCUAUGUGCAGGCUCGGCUGGUCGCUAAGUGGGCCCGUCUGCUGCGACCCACUAUCCAGUUCUUCCUGGUGGCGUUUGCGGUGUAUGUGGGCUACACGCGCGUCUCCGACUACAAGCACCACUGGAGCGACGUGCUGGUGGGACUGCUACAGGGAGCUCUCAUUGCCAUCCUCACCGUGCGUUACGUGUCGGACUUCUUCAAGAAGCGCCCCCCUCGCUCCCCCUCCAGCCCCGAGGGUGCGGAGAGUGAGGCUCUGGAGCGCAAGCCCAGCCUGCAGGUGGUGGACUCUGAGCACAACAACCAUUACACCUACCCCCCCAUGGGCUCCAUGUGAGGCCCCCAGGCCAGGCCAGGCCAGGCCCCGUGCUCCCCACGCACAGAGCACCUCGGCCCAGCCAACAGAGGCACCACCACACGGGGAGGGAGAUGGAUGGAUGGAUGGAUGGAUAGAAGAAUGAUGGAGGGGGGGAGGGAGGGAAAGGGGUCUGGCGAUCACCUGGCAGGCUGGGGGUUCUCCCAUAUAUGCCUCUAUCCUGGGCUGGGUUCUCCCACAUGUGUGCCUCUCUCUCCUGGCUAUUUUUCAGUGCGUCAUUCUAGCCUCUGACUCUGACUCUCUGGCUCCCGCUUGGCUUGUGAACCACUCUACUACAACUCCCAUCAGGCCACUGGACUGACUGGGGCAGUGGCCAUGUUGUUCUGAGAGCAACGCCCUGCCUUCCACGAAAAAAAAGAAAAAUGAAAAGAAAAAGAAAAAAACGGACAUGACUUCCUUUUCCUAAUGUGGAGCUGGAUGGACCUACGUUUCUACCUGAACAUCACUGCUGAUGUUGUAAAAGUAGAUUUUUUUAGAUGUUUUUUUCUAUUUGUGUGUUGUGUUGUGCUGGGGGUUGAAUUUGUAAUUUAACCGUUUUUUUUAAGGGUUGCCAAUGGCUGGUCUAAGACUUUAACCAGAUGGGCACUUUACUUUGAGUGGAAAUGGGUGAGCUCUCUCUUUGCACAUUGGGUUUUGAGUGGCAUCCCAUUACGAUUUCUAUAUAGAGCGAUUAUGAUGGUCCAUUUUUAUAUAUUUUUAGCAUCAAGAAAACAUUCAUUCAAACAAAACAAACAUUCAUUACAAUCAACACAGCAACUGUCAUUCUGUGACUGUAUCAUUUUGUCUAAGUAUUUUAAACCCAUAAAGCAUCAUUCUCUAAUUUUCAAAGCAACAUUCCACCAUUUCAGGGAAUAAGCUCAUUGCCCACCUCCACUUCAAUAAUAAUUGCUAUUUUGGAAGUAGCAGUAAUAUUGCCGCUCAGAGGAUGGCUGAAAGAACAGGGGAAAGGUAAAUCUAUUAAUUAACUCAAGGUUGAGGUGGGGAAUGAGAAUAUUUCCAUAAAUGGUGUAAGGUCGCUUUAAAGCAGCUUUAAAAUACAGCACGUUGGCUUGUCACAGAGUCUGGUAUGAAAGCAUUCUCUUCAUGGCUUGCUGUAGCGUGGUCUCACCUGGCUAUGCUAUACUAUGAGGUGCCUUGUAGAGAGGGGGAAGCCCUGGGUGCAUUCCAAUAUGUGACCUUGCGUCCUCCACUUCGGCUUGUGGCCUCACGUUUUGCUGAUGCACCGCCUCCGUGGAGAAAACCAUUAAGUUUCCCUGCUGUCAGCCUAGCCAAAACAAUUUUUGGUGGACUAUUCUUCAUUUACCAUCCUGUUGGAAAAUGAGAAAAUGACUUUACAAUUGAGCUUUUGCGAGAUAUUGAAAUAUAAUACUGUUGUCAGUUGUGUAAUCACGACGUAUUACUUUCUGGUGCGAGGCCACAAGCACAAGUGGAGGACGCAAGGUCGCAUGUUGGAACGCACCCCAUAUCUGAGACUGUGCAACCAGCUCUGGGCUGCUGCACCUUUGGCAACUGGAGCGAUUGAGCGAGCCACACAGCCCUCCCUUGUUUUGGCCUACUUUGAUGUCUGCUGCUCAGUCUGUGUUCACUCACUGAUGAUUAAGCUGGAUAAGGGGAGGCAUUACAGUACGCCUGUUGUUGUCGGGUUUUCAUCUUUCCAGAUAAGUUGUGAACGGUAUACCACUACUACACCACAUCACACAGAUGCAUCGGGCACUGGCUUUGCCCUCUAGACAUUUGGCGUUUCCUUUUGUCUUUUUUGUUCUGUCAAGUACGAUUAGGAAGCAGGGUUUUGAGAAGAAAAAAAUUAGAGCAGAUUUUCUUUCCCGUCAUUCCCCAUGUAAAAGCUUUAUGUCAUGUGUUGUUAAUUGGUCAUAUUUGAGGUGGAAACGAUAGUUCUGGUGCAUGGCAGUUUCUAGAGCACAAUCUUAGACAGUUUGCAAUCAUUUUUUACUGCUACUUAGCAUGUUGACCAAAAUCAGGUUUUCUGAAACUAUUCUGACACUGAGGACCCAUCAUUAGCCAAUGGUUUGCAUCUCUGGCUAUUUAAUGUCUCUUUCUAUACCAUAAAUCAAUGCAGAAACUAAUCAAAUA